AUGGGGCUGCUGGCGCUCCAGCGGCUCAUGUCGAUGCAGCGGGAUCGGCGUCACCACCAGAUCCAACCCCACCGCAAUGGAUUGAUUGCUUCAUUGGCCAAAAGGAAAGAGUUGACCUGCCUACAAGAAGACAAACCUGGUGGUAAAAAAUUGAGACGUUUAGGGCCAAGCCUUCCAGAGCCACUAAUAAUAGUGUUGCGGGAAGGAUCUUCUCUGCGCAAUCCUCAAUCUAACUGCUGCAAUGCACUUUACUUUGCGGAAGCACCUAGUUCCGAAUGGAAAUCUGGGCUCAUAUACAUUUCUCUGCUGUCCUUGCGAGAUGCUGCACGUGCUGCCUGCGUGUCACACUUGUUUCAACGUUCCUGGAAAUGCCAUCCCGAUCUCACCUUUAGUAAGGAAACAAUCUUCAAUGAAAACCUGUACAGAAAGAAUAAAACAUCAGAUGAAACAACGAGCAAUGGUGUGAAGGCACUCAGGCUUGUCAGGAUAAUUUACCACAUUCUGAAAAACCACUCAGGCAAUGGUGUGAAGGCACUCAGGCUUGAAAUAGAUGAUGUUGCCAAUAUUAGCGCAUGUUAUCUUAAUGAUUGGCUUCACCUUGCUGUUAAGCCAGGGAUUGAAGAACUUGCCCUUUUGCUGCAUGAUGACUUGGAUUACAACUUUCCAUACUCAGUUUUACUUAAUGGGAGUGCAAACACAAUUCGGGAUCUUCGUCUCAGCAGUUGUGUCUUCCGUCCCGUGGCUGGAUUUAGUAGUUGCCUAAGAAGCCUGACUAGUCUAGAAUUGUCUGAAGUGUAUAUUACCGGGGACGAGUUAGGGUGCCUUCUUUCCUCUUCUUUUGCUUUGGAGGAAUUGGUACUCGCGUAUUGCAAAGAGAUAACUUGCCUCAAGAUACCUUGCGUGCUCCAACGGCUCAGCCAGUUGGUGGUCACUGACUGUGAAAACCUUGAAGUUAUAAAGAGCAAAGCUCCUAAUCUCACCGUUUUUGAAUACACUGGUGGCGUAGUAGAAGUGUCAAUUGGAGAUGCGGUGCUAGACAUUAUGAUUUCAGCUUCUGGUUGGAACGUUGUUCAUUAUGCUCGCGCCAAGCUUCCACAGAUGGUCCCAAAUCUUGAAACCCUUGACAUAACCUCAUCUUUGGCGACAGACAUACCGUUUUUACCUGGCAAAUUCCUCCACCUCAAGCACUUGUGUAUUUCUUUCAUGGUAUCAGCAGGGGCUUUUUGCCCAGACUAUGAUUACUUUUCUCUUGUUUCUUUUCUUGAUGCUUGUCCUUCCUUGGAGACCUUGAUGUUGUCUGUAACACAAGAGAUUGUAGAGCAUGAUUCAGUUUUAGGUGAUUCCUCACAUCUAAGGCAGAUGCCAGGACACUGCCAUGCCAGCAUCAAGGAUGUGAAGAUCAUCGGUUUCUGCUCUGCGAUAAGCAUGGUUGAGCUAACAGUCCAUAUUCUUGAGAACGCGGUUUCACUGGAGCGCCUUACACUGGACACUGUCUGUUAUGAUCUUAGGUGUUCGGAUGGUGCUAGUAAAUGCUCAGUCGGGCAUAAAAAUAUGAUCACAGAAGCCCAUAAAGCGCUCGUGGUUGUGAGAAGUUACAUCUUAGAGAAAGUUCCAUCUACAGUUGAGUUAAACGUUGUGGGGCCUUGCAGCCAGUGCCAUGCCGUUGAGAAUUAA